AUGGAGAAGUACUUCGGGAACGCGUACAGAGGCGACCCAGGAGUUCCACACUCAGACCCGGAUCGUUUCGAGAACAUAUGGAUUGGUUCCUUCAUCUUCUCCGCCCUCACCUGGAAGAAUCCUUACAUGUGGACUCUCUCCAAUCAGUACAAUUGGCAUGACAAGGCCAUGCUAUUCGAGCAGUAUCACUGGAAGAAAGCACUCGAGCAGGGAAAGCCGUACAAAUUCAAGUGGAAUCAGAUAGACAAAGAGAUUCGAGACAACUACUACUUCAAUUGGCCGGUCUAUUUCCCUUAA